AUGGCAAUUGGAGCAACAAAACUAUGCAGAUCUCUCUUUCAUUUUCAUUAUUCUCUCCGCCAGAUUUCUUCAAUUCAUUCAAUCACUUCAUCACAGACACUCGAAGAAUCUAUUAAAGCUGCAGUUGAAUCCAAAACCUACCAGAAAAUUCCUGACCUUCUCAUCUCCUUAGAAGAAACUUGCCUAAACCCGAAUCCCUUCUCAUUCCUCUCUACCUUCUCCCAGAACCUCAGAACCCAGGUUGUUGAUGAAAUUUUACAAUCCUUUAUCCCUCUCAGACCGCGCUCUCGCCCCCAGAUUGCAUAUGCCUGCCUCCUCUCUUUUACACUCCAAAGCGCCAAUCCCCUCCCUCUUGCUCUUGCAAUUCUCCAACGUACUCUUCGCUCUGGCUGCAUUCCUGUCCCCCAAACCCACCUUCUUCUCUCCUCUGCAUGGCUUAGCCGACGACGACAAUCUCAUUCUGUCUCUAAUAUCCUAUCAGAAAUGCAAUCAAUUGGAUAUUACCCUGAUUGUGGCACCUGCAAUUACCUUAUUUUAUCCCUCUGUGCUAUUGAUCAGUUGGUGGAAGCUGUAAUAGUUUUGAAGAGCAUGGGUCAGGUGGGAUGUAUCCCUGAUUUAGAGGGUUAUGGGUCUGUAAUUGGUGCAAUGUGUGCAAUGAGGAGGACCACCGAUGCGACAGAAUUGAUGAAGGAAAUGGUGGCAAAAAUUGGAUUGACACCAAGGCAAGGAACAGUGUUGAAUCUGGUGGCAGCUUUGCGGGCAAAGAAAGAGAUUUGGAAAGCAGUUGAGAUGAUUGAGUUUUUGGAGGGAGAGGAUUUCAAUGCUGGGUUUGCAAGCUAUGAGUCGGUGCUAGAGGGGUGCUUGGCAUGUCAUGAGUUUGUCUUGGCUGGAAAGGUUGUGAUGGGGAUGACAGCAAGAGGAUUUAUUCCAUAUAUUGGGGUCAGACAGAAGGUAGUUGAGGGGCUGGCUAAUCUUGGUGAGUGGAAACUUGCUUUGGCUGUGAGGCAAAGAUUUGCAGAUUUGAGAUCUUAAGUCCUUAACAUUCCAAAGAGAGAAGGGAAUGAAUACAUACUGCAAUGACUAGGAGACAUUGGUAUCCUGACUUCAUUUAUAAGAUGAUCUAACCUUAGUUGGCUCUGCAGUAGUCUGAGGUCAUUGAUUACUGGUGCCUGCUUUUCCAUAAAUUGGUCAAGAGGGAGUUGGGAUGAAUCUGUUGCCAAAUUCCAUUACAGCUUGACAGACAGUUUUGUGUAUUCUUUUUGUUGUUAUAUACUAUUUGUAACAACAUGAUGAAUUGGUAGGAGAAAAAAGGGUCAGAUUUGCUCAAUUAUACAGAAAUUUGAGUUGAACAUUGCUGGCUUGGGAUCACGUAGCCAGGAUUUCUCAUUUGCUAGCAUGUCCGGUGAUUUUCUUUCUUUUUUGUUUGCACAGCCUUCCAGGUUGUUCUGUUCUUUAUCAUCUUCAUAACUAUUCUGUUACAUCA